AUGGCGGCAGUACAGGUGGAGCAGCGGUUGUGGGACGGAGUUUUGGAGCUGACAAAGGCGGCUCAAGAGAAGGGCAUGGACCCUCUGAUGUGGGCCAUGCAACUUUCUUCAAACCUGACCGCCGCCGGAAUCUCCAUGCCCUCCACCGAGGUUGCGGAGCUUCUUGUAUCAUACAUUUGCUGGUCCAAUAAUGUCCCCAUCGCCUGGAAAUUCCUUGAAAAGGCCCUGACUAUCCGUAUAGUGCCACCUAUGUUUGUUAUUGCGCUUCUCUCCACUAGGGUAAUUGCCAAUCGCAGGAGGUAUCCGGUGGCAUAUAGGUUAUACAUGGAGCUUCUUAAGAGAUAUGCUUUUUCGUUGCCAUCUCUAACUAAUGGACCGAACUAUCAAAAGAUUAUGGAAUCCAUAAAUGUUGUCCUUCAUUAUUCCCAGAUAUUCGAAAUUCAGUCAUCCGAACCUGGGCUCCUUGUUGUUGAGUUUAUAUUUUCCAUUGUAUGGGAGCUACUUGAUGCAUCGCUUGAUGAUGAAGGUUUGCUAGAACUCACUUCUGAGAAGAAAUCUAGGUGGCUUACCAGGAGUCAAGACAUGGAAAUAGACAAUCUUGAUAGCUUUGAUGGGAAGAGAAUAGAACGCCAAGACGCUAUGCAUAAAAUGAAUACUAUAACGGCUCUUGAAAUAAUUGGUGAAUUUUUUCGGAAUAAAGUAACUUCCCGGAUACUCUAUUUGGCUCGUCGAAACAUGCCUGCGCAUUGGGAGUACUUUAUUCGGAAUUUGCGACUGCUUGCUUCUAAUUCGUCAUCUUUAAGAAACUCGAAACAUAUUUCUCCGGAGGCCCUCUUGCAGUUAACAGCUGAUACACGUCAACUCCUAUCUCGUAAAUGCAAAACAAGUUUACAGCAACAGUUUCAUGCUGUAACAACUGAAACUCCUGUGUCUUCCUCUGGGCAGUGUCAUGGUGUUGGCCGUUCGGCGCUCUGGCUUACUAUAGAUCUUUAUCUUGAAGACACAAUGGAUGGAUCACAAGUGGCAGCUACCAGUGCUGCUGAAACUCUUACAGGUUUAGUAAAGGCUCUCCAGGCAUUAAAUCAGACCACCUGGCAGGAUGCAUUUCUUGGUUUGUGGAUUGCUGCUCUACGUCUUGUUCAAAGGGAAAGGAAUUCAAGCGAAGGUCCAGUUCCUAGGCUUGAUACUUGUCUGUGCAUGUUAUUGUCUAUUACGACUCUUGCAGUUGUCAAUAUUAUUGAAGAGGACGAGAUUUCUUUGAUCAGUGAAGCUGAACGAAGUUCCAUUAGUCAAAGGAAAGAUGUACAGUCCGUGGGAAAGCGUCGGCAAGACCUAUUUUCCAGCUUGCAGCAGUUGGAUGAUUUUGAAGGCUUGCUGAUUCCACCACCUCCUGUAAGUUCAUUGGCUAAUCAAGCUGCUGCUAAAGCAAUGGUGUUCCUUUCAGGCCUAACAGUAAGCGGUGGACACCUUGAUGGCAUGAGUUUGAAUGACAUGCCUGUGAAUUGUUCUGGAAACCUGCGGCAUCUGAUUGUUGAGGCUUGCAUUGCUAGAAAUGUGUUGGAUACAUCAGCUUAUAUGUGGCCCGGAUAUGUAAAAGGUCGUUGCAACCAAGUUCCUCGAAGCGUUUCUGGACAGAUGCCUGGUUGGUCAUCAUUAAUGAAAGGGUCACCUUUAACUCCUCCAAUGGUCAGUGCCUUGGUAUCAACUCCGGCUUCUAGCUUGGCAGAAUUAGAGAAAAUGUAUGAGAUUGCCAUCACAGGUUCGGAUGAUGAGAAGAUGUCUGCUGCUACAAUAUUCUGCGGGGCUUCUCUAACUCGUGAAUACCUCUUAUUGGUGCGCAACUCCCAGUUAGCAUCAUACGAGAAUCCACUGAAGGAUAAAAAUAAAAUCAAAAGACCAUCAAGAUUUUCAAGUCCUUCGUCUAGAGAGCCAAUAUUCAUGGAUUCUUUUCCAAAGUUAAAGAGUUGGUACAGGCAGCAUCAAGAAUGUAUUGCUUCUAUCCUUUCUGGUCUGGUACCUGGAACCCCUGUUCACCAUAUUGUCGAGGCCCUCCUGAAUUUUAUGUUCAGAAAAAUAAAUAGGGGAGGUCAACCACUGACUCCUACAACUUCUGGAAGUAGCACUUCUUCUGUGUCUGGAGCUGACGAUUCCUGUCUACGUCUUAAAUUACCUGCUUGGGAUAUUCUUGAAGCUGUUCCCUUUGUGCUUGAUGCUUCCCUUACUGCCUGUGCACAUGGGAGAUUGUCACCCCGUGAACUGACUACUGGUCUCAAAGAUCUUGCUGAUUUUCUUCCUGCUUCCUUAGCAACAAUUGUAAGUUACUUCUCAGCAGAAGUGACUCGAGGUCUUUGGAAGCCAGCUUUCAUGAAUGGAACUGACUGGCCGAGUCCUGCUGCAAAUUUAUCCUGGGUUGAACAACAGAUAAACAAAAUCUUAGCUGCCACUGGUGUUGAUGUCCCAUGUCUUGCUCUAGGGGUAAAUUCUCCAGCGACUAUUCCAUUACCCCUGGCGGCCCUUGUUAGCCUCACAAUAACCUAUAAACUUGACAGAGUCACUGACCGUUUUCUAAACUUGGUCGGUCCAGCCUUGACUCACCUUGGCACAUGUUGCCCCUGGCCAUGCAUGUCAAUAAUAGCUGCCUUAUGGACUCAAAAGGUAAAGCGUUGGGGUGACUUCCUUGUCUUCUCUGCAGCCCGAACUGUGUUCCACCACAACACUGAUGCCGUGGUUCAACUCCUCAGAGUCUGCUUUUCAACAGCGCUUGGCCUCAAUUCGUCGGUUGCAAGCAAUGGUGGUGUAGGUGCUCUUUUAGGUCACGGCUUUGGCUCUCACUUCGAAGGUGGCAUUUCUGCGGUCGCCCCAGGAAUACUAUAUUUACGGGUUCAUCGAGCUGUUAGAAAUGUCAUGUUUAUGACAGAAGAAAUUGUCUCUCUUCUGCUGCACACUGUCAAAGAUAUUGCAACUCGUGGGUUGCCUGCGGAGAAAUUGGAGAAACUGAAGAAAACUAAAUUCAGUUCAAAAUAUGGUCAGGUUUCUCUUGCUUCUGCAAUGACCCAGGUGAAGGUUGCAGCUUCACUGGGGGCUUCUUUGGUUUGGAUGACUGGUGGAUUGAGCUUGGUUCAAUCUUUAAUUAAAGAGACACUGCCAUCAAGGUUUAUAUCAGUUCAUGGGUCGGAGCCCAAUGGCGAGGAUUCAGGAGGUAUGAUUGCAAUGCUUGGUGGUUACGCUCUCGCAUACUUCGCUGUUUUUUCGGGAAUAUUCGCCUGGGGAGUUGACAUGACACCAGCGGCAUCUAAACAUCGGCCUAAAGUUCUAGGGAAGCACUUUGAAUUCCUAGCAAGUACUCUAGAAGGAAAAAUAUCGCUUGGUUGUAACAAGGCUACCUGGAAGGCGUAUGUAACGGGAUUUGUGAGCUUGAUGGUUGGAUGCACGCCGAUGUGGAUGCUGGAGGUGGAUGUACAAGUUUUGAAGAGCGUUAGUAAAGGAUUAAAACAGUGGAAUGAGGAAGAACUUGCUGUGGCUCUCCUUGGAAUUAGUGGGAUCAAUGCAAUGGGUGCAGCUGCUGAAAUGAUUAUAGAAACUGGAUUUUGA